AUGUCGUCACCCAGUCCAGGAAAGAAAAGGAUGGAUACAGAUGUAGUUAAACUAAUCGAGAGUAAGUACGAAGUGACUAUAUUAGGCGGCUUGAACGAAUUAAUGGUGAAAUUCUUUGGCCCGCCAGAAACUCCAUAUGAGGGUGGUAUCUGGAAAGUUCGUGUGGAUCUUCCUGAACGUUAUCCUUUCAAAUCACCUUCCAUUGGGUUUAUGAAUAAAAUAUUCCACCCAAAUAUUGACGAAGCGUCUGGAACCGUUUGUCUCGAUGUCAUAAAUCAGCAGUGGUCUGCUCUCUAUGAUUUGACCAACAUUUUCGAAUCUUUCCUGCCACAACUACUGGCCUAUCCAAAUCCCACAGACCCACUGAAUAGUGACGCUGCCUCCCUGUUCAUGUUCAAGCCUUCUGAAUAUGUAAUGAAAGUGAAAGAAAAUAUAUAAGCUUGGCUGGACAUCCGUUUCUAAAGUCGCAGUAGCUAGUUUUAUUAUUAUUGUUUUGUUUAAGACAUUGGUAUUUUUAUGAAGCUAUAUAAGUUAAUGUCUCAAAACCGUUGUUUAUACACAAACACGACUGCAUGUAGCCACGGUGACUCACUUUUAGAUUCAGAUUCAGAUGAUAAGGAUAGAAGGCUCUUGUGGCCUGUGUUAAUCCUUGCAAAGUAUAUCUCUGCAGAGAUCUAACUUCUCUUUGAAAGCGUUCACCGAUGGGGCUGAUACUACUGAAUCAGGUAAGGAGUUCCAAUCGUUGACCACUCUGUGAGAGAAUCUAAAUUCUGCACUUUUAUAGUUAUCAAGUCUAGCUCAUGCUCUAGCGUAGUGGAAAUAUGCUGUUUUGGCAGGCAUUUGGUUUUGGUUGACCAGGCGAAUGAGGUACAUUAUCUACCAAGUUGUUCUUUUCGCCAAUAAUAUUUUGACAUAUCACGAUAAUAUUCUAGUGAAAUGUCUUGUUGAAUAAAAUGACCGAAGCUGACAAAAUAUAGAUUUCCUAAACAUUCUUGAAGUUCUAGAGUUUAUGGUAUUCACAUAGUUGGGUCUGUGUGGAUUCAGUCCAUGUCAAAACAGUAGUUUGCUAAACUGUAGUAGCAACAUUAAUUUUGGUCUUCACAAAUAUACCGGUUGUCAGCUCAUUGCUUUCUGUCGUGAGUGGUGUGUAGAAUUUAUUUAUUAUUUGUCUUAAUACAUUACUGAAAAAUUAAUUUAUUCCUUUCUACAAUACCACUCUGACUCCGCGACUUAGUAUUCAACAAAGGUCUUUGCGCAGAAGUGUAGCAUACUUCAUAUGUCACACAAAGGUCGAGUAAAAAAGUUCAUAAAACUAAAAUAGACGGGAACGUACAUGACUAAGAAUAAGCAUGUAGACAAUAAUAAAGACUGAGUGAAUCUAUAAGAAUACAGGGAGUGGAUGCAUCUACGCCAAUGUAGGCGAUUUUGAACCAUAUCACCAGCAGACUAGCUGAUUGUUCUUAGCCUCCUGAGCACCACAACCAUUCAGUGUAUACCUUCAUACAUUGCUCAAACUAACUGUCAAAUACCUCAUGAUUCGAUGCCAGUUUUCGAUUUGGGCACCUUUAAUUUUUGUUCCAGCCUAGUCAUGUGGCAUAACAUAUGUCCUGACCAUGCGCCCAACCUACUAGUUGUUUCCAUGUUUCUCUGCUAAACAUAAGGUUAUCAUAUGGUCACUCCCACUUUUAGCAUAAAACCCUUUAAGUUAUUCAACGUCCUACCUCAUUUUCUUCGAAUAAUUAUUAUCAUUCCAACUGCUAACGUAAAGACGUACGGUUUCACUAAUCAUGAAACCUAAUAGUACGUUUUUAAGGUUAUGCUGGUGUGACUGCUAAUCAUAAAUAAAGGUUUAAAUACACAGUGGUUGUGGUUUCGAUUGUCCCUGCAGACCAACGAGGAAUCUACGGAAAGAAAUUAUUGAGAAGUUUUUUCCCUUCGCGUUCCCAGUGGAACAUAGGGCUUUAAGCUAGUAGCUUGAAGUUUCUGUAGCAGUGUUUAUUUUUACAGGAUGGGGUUGCUAGCCUCAUGCCCAACCUUUCCUCUUUACCAGGAUUAUUUCUGGCUUAGCGAGGUGAGGGAGUGCGUCGACCGGGAGUCGAACCCCGGACCAUGUGCAUGGUCGGCGAGCGUCAUAACCGCUGUGCCACCGACGCGCAUAGAGAAGUUUUAGGUAUUUUGUAUUCACUUUUGUCAGACACGUCUCUUAAACCUGAACUGUGCGUAUAUUAAUUUGCUGCUACUGUGUUGUCGGAGCUGGUUAAUUUAAUUGUAAGUCUCUAAUUGUCCUCAUGUAGAAAGUCUUUGGCGCUAACUUCACAAGUAAAUCGCGGAACUGCUUUAGAAAAUCGUUUCGCUUUUCGGAUUGAACUCAUCAAUGUUACAUUUACUUAAGUUUGUCUGGGAAGAGCAUUUCACGUAUGUUAAUGUCGAACUGUUUAUGUUAGAAUGGAGCUUAACUUUUAUUUCACUACACUGGAUCAAUGAAUGUGGAUCAUGUUUUUAUAGUUUGAGUAUUUUCGGUCUCAAAGGAAAAGACAGUUAACUUUGGCAUUUAGAUUGUACAUAAUCUGGUCUUUUUUGCCAAGUGCUGUUAACAGUAAGAAUAGCUUAUGUGUGGUGUGAGUAUCUGUUUGGAGUCGGAAAGUGGAUAAACACUGAGGUCGUAUGCUGGGUCGGUCAAAAUAUCCUACUGACGAGUUCAACCCUGGAUAAACAGAAUGGCUUUAUAGUAUUUCACUAAUUUCAGUUUGUGUUGUAAGCCCCGAUUAUUGAUGUGCAGUUCGUUAACCUCUCAUAGAGUAUGUAUUGAUUGCUUCAAUAUCUUGAAAUAGGAAAUUUUAACUGCACAUUGGAACACCUUAUCAUAUGGUUUUAAAUAUGCCUCAGAAUUAUUGAAUUCAAAGGUAAAAUUAUUGAAAGUAGAAUGGAUCUCCUCUGACGAAUACAGCUUUCUAUAAGCAUUGUCACGUACUCUAGUGAAGUGGUAUCCUGGUUUUAUGUGCUUUUUAGACUUUGACUGUAAAGUUCGUCUCAGUCGAUAUACACAGACGUCUUUAACAUAUAUGGUAGUCUAAGCUGCUAAAGUUCCUACCUAAAUAUCCAGCAGGCAGAAAUCAGAGUGAUCAUAGCUCAGGUUCAUAGGGUUUAGCAAACACGUCACAUAUUGGCGCUGUCGAUUUUCAAUGAAAGUUAUAUUCAAAAUGGAAUUAACAUUUAAAAUAUAUCCUUAUUAGUAAACUUCAAGGUAUUUUAACAACUGUUACUAAUAUCUAUAUAGUUGUCUAAAAAUAAGGUAUGAUUAGAAUUUAUAAAAGUAAGGGAGAUGAAUGUAGUUCGACAUUUGGUGUUUGUAGUUUUCACCCACUAUAGCUUUAUAUUAAAUUUCUUCCAAGUGCAUCUAGAGCAAUAGUGAAUGCUUCGCGAUCGUAACCGUCCAGCUCACACAACGCAACAAUAAAAACGCCCACCUAACUUACGAAUCUCAACUCGACAACUGACGUUGACGCUCCGAUGUCGUGUAUUUCCUAAUUUCUUCACUAUGGUGAUAGUCCACGUCUUCCCUAAUUUCGAAAGACAUCUCAUUUUUCCUGCAGAGCUCGUUAUUACUCACUGUCCCUUUAACUCAUUCUAGAUGUCUCGUACAUUUAGAUCGAACCUCUGGCUAGCUGUUACGAGGGCUCGACUUCCUAUCUACCGGUCACUGUGGUUCGAGAUUUGGGCAGCCAAGUAGUGUCAAUGGCCCUCACAUAGUAUCUGUAGCCCAUUGCUACACAUAUAUAUAUUUAGGAUUGGUAUUUUGAGGCAUUAAAUUACAGUUUUUGAUAAUUCGAAGAUCCGCGCAGAGUAUUUCUCUUCCAUUCAGUGGAUAACUAUUGUACACACAAAGAGAACAAAAGAACUAAUUCUCGGAACAUUCGAAAGGCCGAAACAUAGGUUGAUAUUCACCUACAUUUUCUUAUUUUAAUAAACACACUGUAUCCUGAACAAUACAAAAGGUUUACAAUUGGUGGAUAGUGGCUAGCAGUGGAAUCCAGGAUGCGCAUUUCGCCCUAUUUGGGACUCGUCAGCUGGAUGUACCUGCAUUUCUCAG